AAAUACGGCAACAGGAGUUACAGGAGAAGCUUCUAGGAGUUGAGAUAACAGCACCCCACAAUUCCCAGUGUGGAGAGUAGAGAGUUCGGGAAUUACAGGUCAAGGACAGGGCUCCAGCCUGGUCGGGUCUCUAGUCUCCAUUGUGCUACCUGGCCUUAUUCAUACCCUACCCAUGGUUCCUUUCUUAAAAGUAGAGGAGAAUCAUUUCUGUAUUGGAGUCUUUCAUCCCAAGCUCUUUUCAGUCAACUGGCUGGCAUCCCUUUGCUCUCUCCUGACAGGAAUCCUGGUCAUCUAAAGAUUGAGACCAAGAUUGAAAGCAUGGCGGACCUCAAGCAGCUCAUGGACAAUGAGGUGUUGAUGGCCUUUGCGUCCUAUGCGACGAUCAUUCUUACCAAGAUGAUGUUCCUGAGCUCUGCCACCGCGUUCCAGAGGAUAACCAACAAGGUUUUUGCCAACCCAGAAGACUGUGCUAGCUUUGGCAAGGGAGAGAACGCCAAGAAGCUUGUUCGGACUGAUGAGAAGGUGGAACGCGUGCGCAGAGCCCACCUGAAUGAUCUUGAAAACAUCGUUCCCUUCCUUGGGAUCGGCCUCCUGUACUCCCUGAGUGGACCAGAUCUCUCUACAGCCCUCAUGCACUUCAGAAUCUUUGUCGGUGCUCGGAUCUACCAUACCAUUGCCUACUUGACUCCCCUUCCUCAGCCAAACAGGGGCUUGGCAUUUUUUGUUGGCUACGGAGUUACUUUGUCGAUGGCUUACAGGCUGCUAAGGAGCAGACUGUACUUGUAAAGAGAAUUGUGGUCUUCACCAUCUGAUUGUGUUGUUUUUAUAAAAAAAAAAAGGAUUCCAUAUUUCCAAUGCAUUCAAAUACUUUCUAAGGUUUUAUGUAUGAAAGGAGCAGAGAAAUUGGGGAUUGGUGAAUAUUCAAUUUAAAGACCAGCACCAGUACUCAGUAGUCUCUAUUGUUUUGUAUUUGGGUUAGACAUUUAAUAUAACCAGCCUUAACUAUGUUGUCUAACUUCUAAAGUACUUUGUUAUAAGUCUUGAUUUUGUCAUAAUUUGUGACAUUUGUCUAUAAAAGAGUGCUCACACCUACGUGAAGCCUGGGUUUCCUUAUAACUGAAAUAGGCACAUGAAUUAAAAAACGUUACAGAUUGA